AUGGCGGAAAAAAAUUCGUCGGAGAAGUCGACCGAAGAAUAUUCGUGGGCUCUAAAAGGUAAUUUGUUAUUGAGCGAAGUGAACGAAAAAUGGACGGAAAAGAAGAAGCAACUGACACACGCGCAUGUCCGGACGAGGUUCGAAUCGAAAACUAUACAAAUCGACGAGAGUCACGUUAGAAUAAUGGCUUCUUUGGUACCGGACGAGAUCAUAUACAAUAUCGGGGAUUAUUCCAAACGAGAUAUGGACGCUUGUCUGUUAUUCGGGGACGUUUCCGGUUUCACGGAUCUGUGCGAAAAAUACAACAAAUCCGGCAAGGGCGGACCGUCGCGCUUAACCCAAGUCUUGAACUCUUAUAUCGGCGCGAUGGUGCAAGAAAUCCUUUCCCACAGCGGAGACGUACUGAAAUUUUCCGGAGACGCUUUCAUCGCCAUGUGGAAAGAAACCGAUCACCUGUCUUUGAGAGACGCCAUACACGAAACGUUAGAUUGCGCUUUGGUCAUACAAAAAACUUACGGCACGUACCAAACUGAUGUAGACGUUGUAGUUAGAGUUAAAUUGGCCGUGGCUUGCGGUCAUUUGAUGUUUUCUCUAUUAGGAGACGAUGGGAAUUCUCAUUAUUUAAUGAUCGGUCAACCGAUAGACGAUAUUAAAGCCGCCGAAUCGAAAAGUUCUGCUGGUGAAAUAGUAAUUAGUGCAAGAGUGUUACAUCAUACUAGCGCGAACGAAUAUCUCAUUGAUUUAUUACCAGAUGGUAUACAUGCAAAAGUUUUAGGUGUCGGACCGAAUUGGAGAAACAUCCAAAGGCAUUAUGAAAAAACCGAGCUAGUAGAAAUAUACAGUAUUUUGAGUAUACCUCAAGAAGAUGGAUUCGAAGAAGGCGAAAGACUUACUAAUUUAUCCGAUAAGAGCAGUAUCGAAGAAGACGAUACGUCAGUUACUGUCAAACUUGUCAACGAUCAAUACGCUUUAAGACCUGCUGUAAAUCACGCCGUAAGGAUCAACAUUAUGCACGAGCUAAGAAGAUUUAUUAUAGCUCCGGUAAUGAAUGGAAUCGAUGCCGAAGAACCAAUCGAAUACCUUACGGAAAUACGACAAGUCUGUAUACUUUUUAUCAACAUCAAAGUUAACGAUAAACUAUCACCUUCAGAAGGAAUUGAUACCGCUAGCAAAAUUUAUCUGACGGUAUGUAAUACGGUCAAGUAUAAAAACGGUUGUGUAAAUAAGAUUAGUAAUUUCGAUAAAGACUUGAUGUUGCUGGCCAUAUUCGGACUUCGCGGGUUCAAACACGAAUUGGAAAGUCAGCUCGCUCUAAAAUGCGCAAUCGAAUGCUAUAACUCACUAACGUCUCUACCUAAUGUUAGAGGAGUUGCUGCCGGAGUUACUACUGGAAAAACUUACUGCGGAGCCUUCGGGCAUACAUUGAGACGCGAAUACACCGUUAUCGGAUUGGUAGUGAAUAAAGCGGCCAGAUUGAUGGUAGCCUAUCCGGAUAAAGUUACUUGUGAUAGAGAAACGUUUUUACAUAGCAAACUCGAAUCGAGAAAUUUCAUACUUCAAGAUUAUAAACCGUUAAAAGGUAUCGCGAAUCCGGGACCGAUAUACGAAUUUAAAGGGGUGCAAACAUUUCAUACGGCGUCUCACGUAGAAAAUCCAUAUCCUCUUUUGGGACGAGAACAAGAGAUUGAUCUGUAUUGGACAAUGUUGCAAAUGACGAAAAAAGCUUACGAACGUGGAAAAACAGAUCGAAUCAUCAACACUCUGAUUUACCAAGGUGUAUUUAGGCAAGGAAAAACGAGACUAUUGGACGAAAUAAUGCACAUAACGUCGAAAUAUUUUCCUGUGAUAAAAACUACCAUAUCGGCUUUCACUAUGGAAAAACCUUACGAAACAAUGCGUUUGAUAUUUUUUUAUUUACUCAACAUCGACGAAAAUACAAAGGAAGAAACGAAACGACAAAAGUUGAGAAUAAUUUUGAACGAGCCGCCGCUGGAUCCGUAUUUGUGCUUGUUUAAUAUCGUGUUUAAUGUUAAUUACCCCAUUACAACGGAAUAUAGGGCUUUGGCUGAUAUAAAUAAAUAUAAAUGGUUACAAAAGUUGUUUAUAAAACUUUGCAAGCAGGUUUUCCGAAAAUACAGCGUGAUAAUUAUAGACGAUGGUCAAUAUAUAGACGAAGAAUCUUGUCUUCUAUUGAAUUUAUUGAUAAAUGAAAAUAUGGUGUUCGUAGUCGCUACAAUGGAUACGGAAACUUACCUUUCCGCAUUAACCAUACAGGUGCUCAGAAAUUCCAAGAUCAAAAUAGUUGAAUUGAAAGCUAUAGAUAAAUGGUACCAUGUCGGUUUGGCUUGUCAAAUGUUGAACGUCGACGGUAUCGCAGCGGAACUUGAAAAAACUAUACAGCAAAAAAGUAACGGAAAUCCCGGAUGGAUUGAGAGUUUUUUGGUGAGCUUGCUACAAUCCGGCGGCUUGCUUAUUAGGAAAAUAAAAAGAAUCAACGCUUAUAAUCUGGGUAUAGUCAUACCACCGCUUUAUAUGACGAUGAGAUUAUCUAAAGAAGAAAUGAAGUUGUGGGUCGAAAUUAUGGAAGAAAGAAAAUUAACCGUCGAAGAUAAAAUGACAACAAGAUGGAAAAUGUUCAUAGAUAGUUGUAGGGAAAGCUAUCCGGAUUUAACGGUCGGUAGAGUAUUCGAUAAAAUGGUUAAAAAAAAUGACAAAAUUGUGAUAGGAACCGUAAAUAAAUCUUUCAAUUUAGAAGAUGUGGACGCCGAAUUGGCAAUCGACGUUAUUAUAUUGAAGAUAUUUGACGGUUUGACGUCGUACGAACAACUUUUAUUGAAAUGUAGCGCCGUUUUGGGCGACACUUUCCCGAGGGAUAUGCUACUAUACAUUAUGUCGUCUUCGGCGAUUCAUACUACCGCUUUAGCCGUCCAAAAACUGUUUGAAAUCCAUGUAUUAAGUUGCGCGAAAGGAGAUUUCAUAGAAGGAGGUUUGGAUUUUGAAAAACGCUUAGAAAAUCCCAAUAAAGAUAUGGAAGUUAGCUGUGAAUGCAAGGGGUUGUUGAUAGAUGAAUCGUGCAGAAAUCUACCGAAAUAUGCAUCUUGCGGUUAUCUACGAUUUCGGUCGUCAGAAUUCCGAGAAACUACGUAUAAUUUAUUAACAGAUAACCAGAAGAGGGAAUUCCACGAAAGAGCAAUUAGAUAUUUGGAAAAAGAAACUAGAAGAUGCAGAGCUUGUGGGAACGGUUACUUUGUUAGACAAAUCGGAGGGACAAGAGUAGAUAAUACAAUACGGAUAUAUUCGAAAAAAGAUAGAAAAUCCGUACUUCCCGAUAUUGCUAGUUUAAUGGACAAUUACGGAGCUUCCAAAAUAUUGCAGAGCUCGUCUUUAGUGAGCGUGGACAGUAUAUCGUCGAAAAAAUCGAAAGACUUCCAGAGGAGUCAAAAAGAUACUUUGUCAGUAUUUUCGAGUUUAUCGAGCGGUCGGGAUUUUUUUAGUUUUGCCAAUUCAAGUAGAGGUAAUGAAAUGGGUUUGACAAUGAUCAGGAAGCUCAAAGAUAAUUUUUAUUUGAUGCGUACAUUUUCGACGAUAAAUUAUUCUCAGUGUACCUGCCACCUCGUUCUAACCACCAUGUAUUCACAAAUGAUCGACCACUGUAAAGGAGCAGGUUUGGCGGAAAAAAUUUUAAACGUCACCGUAGAAUACGCUUACAUAUGUAUCGAUAAUAUGAAUAUUCCUCAAGCUAUAAGGGUCCUAGAAGAAGGUCUGCAAUUACUAGAGGGUCCGAUGAAAGAUCAAAUAGAAUUGGAUUGGAUGAUAGAUUUGAGAAAAGGUAAACUGUACGCCCUGUUAGGUUAUGCCAGGAUGCAGAUCGAUGAUGACGAAGCGUACACUUAUUUCAUGGAAGCUUUGAAAUAUUAUAGUGUCACUUACCCGAAAACUAGGGGCGGCAAAAAGAUUUUGAGAGCAAUUUUCAAAUUGAAGCAAAAUUUGAAAUAUUAUUUGGGUCGAACUAAGGUUUUCAAAAAAAUCGACGACGACUACGCUGAGUACAAUAACGAUGUAUCGGAAUGCUUCUAUUUCCUUUGCAAAUAUUUCACGAAGAAACGUCGUUGGCAAGAAGCAGAACUGACAGCUAUGUGGAGCUUGUCGAAAGCUUUAAAAACCGAAACCGAUUUCGAAAAAUUGUGCUUAGCGUACGGAAAUCUGAUAUUCAUACAAUCCACGUUGGGAAAUGAAAAAUUCUGUAUUUAUUUAGAAGUUUUCGCGCUUAAACUUUGUCACAGAAAAAAGACACACAUCGAAAUGGACGAACUAAAAGCGAUCGCUUAUCUUUAUUAUACAAUUUAUCGCGAUAGAUUGAGACGUGCAGAAAUAGACAAAUGUCUACAGAUAGGUUACGUGGAAUGGAGAUUAGCUGCAGCAUCCAGGAGCGAAAAUUUAUUAUUUCUCACUUUACCUAUAUUGGCUUUUAUUGUUCUAAACCGGAGACAACUACCCGAGUUCGUAAAUUUGCUCGAAGAAGUUAAAGCUUUGAUAAAUCGAGAUACCGACAACUCCGAAAAAUCGUGGUAUUUCGAUUUGUGUUUGAUGGUACAUAUAGAAACAGGUCUUUCGGCUGAACCGUUUUCUAAUAUUUUGAAAUACAUGAAUGAAGAAGGCUGGGAUCCGAUAAUAAGAGAUCCGAUUGGAAAACAGCAAUUGAUUGUACUGAUUUGGUUAUGGGAAAUCAGAAACGAAAAUUGGGAAUCGGCUGUCGGUUGGCAGGAAGCCGCUUGGAAGAUUCAAUUCGACCCCCAAAUCGAAAAUACGUUACAUUUAAUCACGGGGCUUUAUUUACUCGAAGGGUUGAUAAUCUAUUUAUCUUAUAAAAUGGACAGGAAGCAUUUGCAAGCUGUUACGAGGGCUACGAAUCGCAUAAAUGAAUUAUUUUCUUCUUUGGAAAGGUUCCAGAAAAAAUUUAAAAUGAUUUUGCCUAGAUUAUACCACAUGAAAGGUUAUUUUCGAAUAGUGAAAUACAACGACUAUAAAGGGGCGAUGAAGUAUUUGAAAAUUGGAAAGAAGUAUGCAGAAACAUGUUUUAACGAUUUAGAAAUCGGGUAUAUAAGACAUAGCGAACUGGCUUGGUUGAAGAAAUUGUCGAAAGAGGACGCGGAAUUUUGGAAGGAACACGCUUACGAAGACAACUUAAUCGACGUGCGAGAUAUGGAUUAUAUAGAUAAAUUUUGGUUAUUGACAUUAUCCGAUGACUCAUUAACAACAAAAUUGGUAGUUGACAAUUGA